AAGAACGGAAAACAUUUGCUAUAAUGUAAUGAUAACGUAUUAUAAUAGUUAACAUUCAUGUUUCGUGAUGUUUGACAGUGAUUUUGUGAUUGUUGUCAUGGGGACGCAGAACAUGGCGUCGCAUUCAAACAGUCGCGCGUUCUUGUAAACACUGUAAAACUUUCAUUUUAGGAAAACACAUAUUGCGAAUGUUUUAUAUCAAAGAGGAUCUUCUAGUUUAAAUGCGUGUGUAUGGUGUCAGACUCAUAACAUUACAUUGAACUCAUGCCUUCUGAAUUACCUACUGCCCGGCAACGACAUGGCAACCGGGUCAAACGUGGUAAAGACAACAGUCAGAUGGUUUCCACCGCACGGGCGUCUCACCCACCUGAGGUGACCCGGUCAACCCGAGACUCACAAGAAGAGAUCAACAGACUCAAAGAAGAGAUUGAUCGGUUGCAGACAGACAGACAGGUCUGUGAGAGGGAGACAGGUGAUGGGUUUACUCUCACUGCAGAACUGAGAUGGAAACUCAAUCAACUGGAAAAAGAGAAACUACAUUUCACUACUAAAUACAACAAUGAGGUAUCCCAGUAUGAAGCUCAGCUUGCUCGGUUACGGGCGCAGGUGGAGCGAGGAGAAGCCCAGCGACAGACGCUGGAGUAUGAUGUUGCUGUGGCGAGGAGGGAUGCUGCAGCUGAGAGGAGAGAAACUGAAGAGAAGAUGAGAGACCUGAGAGAACACAAUCUAAAGCUGGAAGUCCUCAGCUCAGAGCUACGUCAGACAGUGUCUGAUCUACAGAGAUCUUUGGAGAUAACACAGAAAGCACGCGAGGAUGAUCGACAGGACCUCCAGACGCAGCUGCGUGAGAGAGACCAUCUACUGCAAAACUUGAGCGCUGAGAACGACCGUCUGCAAUCUGACAAGAUCCGUCUGGAGACCUUAAUACAAGAACAGAAUGAAACUCUACAGGAGAUGAAAGAAGAAAUGGAGCGAUUAAAAAGAGAAAGAGAGAAAGAUGAAGAGAAAUUAAGAAACAAAUCAACAGAAAUGCAGCACAGCACUCAGAGAGAAGAGAAACUGCGCUCAGAGCUAAAGUCAGCACUGGAGAAAGUGAAGGUUUUGGAGCAGAACAUUGAGUCAGAGCGCGCCGCUUACCUGGAGUCCAAGUUCAACUCUGAGAUCAUCCAGGUGAGAAUGAAAGAUCUCGAGGAUGCUCUCAGGAUGGAGAAGACGAGUCACGCUGAUGUUAUCUCCAGUCUGGAGCUGUUGAAGCAGAAGUUUGGUGAGGUGGAGAGCGCAUACGCUCAUGAAAGAGACCAAUCACAACACAUCAGACAAAAACUUAAACAGAUGGAGAAAGAGUUCUUGAACAUGAAGACUGAUCUGAUUGGUCAGCUGGAUCAAGAGAAGGCAGGAUCUGCUGAUCUCAUUGGUCAGUUAGAGCAUGAAAGGGCGGAGUCACUGAAGCUGUCAGUCAAACUACAAGAGCAGGACAGAUUGUGUACAGAGAGACAAGAAGAAAUUAACAAGGUGAAGAGGUCUCUGGCGUGUGUACAAGAGUCAUAUGAUGGUGUGUUGUGUGAUAUUGUUGGCGUGUUACAGGAUUAUCAUCAGCCGGGUGAAGCACACACUUAUACAGAAGAGGGAGAUAAACCCAAAGCUUCUACUUUGCUGGACACACUGAGGAGAAUAUUACACAACUACCACACACAGUUACAGGAGACGAUGAUUGUGAUGCAGAAGUUAAAUCAGGAGAUCUUACUGAAGGAUGAGAAGAUCACAGAUCUACAGAAGCACAUACAGGAGUCUGAGGCACGUGGUGUGUGUGUGAAUGAAGAGGUUAAACGGUUGCGUGUGUGUGUCGCAGACGCCGCAGCUGAUGCAGACAGAGCUCAGAAAGAUCUGCGCAGACUCACACACCAGCUGCAGGAAGAGAAAACACAACACGCACAAACACAAACACAGAUGAACACAAUUCAACAACAGCAUCAGAGAGACGCUCAGGAGAAGUUGACGUUUCUUCACAUGUUGUAUCAGCGUUUGGUGGCUGGAUGUGUACUGAUGACGCCGGCACAAAGCAUGCUGGGUAGUUUUUCAUGGGCAGAGCUUAGUGCAAUGGUACAGGAGCAUGUGGACAUAUUGACCUCCGACCUCUCUGCAACCAAUCAGAAGGUGUUGUAUUUGGAGAGUAUGUGUGAAGGAAGAUCUGCAGCGCUGGAGGCUGCGAGUGAUCAACUGAAACAUAGAGAGAAGAUGUGGAUUCAACAACGAGAAGAUCUCAACACACAACAUGCACACAACAACACACAACUACAGCACAGAAUACAGGAUCUCAGCAGGCAGCUGGAAGAAGCCGAGGGUCGCGUCCGUUGUCUGGAGCGCGCUCAGUCUGAGCAGGAACAGGAAGUGACACGUCUGCAGGAGUUAGUGAGCGCGUGUGGACGUGAGGAGGCGUGUCUGAUGGCGGCGUGUGGCGUGCUGACGGGUUGCGUGCGUGCCCUGCGCAGACAGGUGUGCUGGUUGGUUUGGCAGAAGUCUGUGCUGCAGGAGCGCGUUAAAAACGCAGAGGUUCUGCGGACGGACGUCGGCACGUUGCUGCACGCGCUCGGUGACGGCGGGGUCAAAGGUCAGUCGGAAGUGAAAGGGCAGGCGUUGCGUACGUUUCGACGUUGUGUGAUCGCAGUGCUGGCGGCUGGACGUCUCCGUGCGCUCGGGCGGAGCUCUUCCGUGCUGUUCCGCGUCGCUGUGGGUUACGGGAGGCAGCCGGAUGUGUGUGUGAGCGAGGUAAGGGUCAGAGAGAAAGAUGAAGAUGAAGACAGCAGAGUGACGAAGACGCUAAACUCCUCUGAACUGCUCGUGCUCAUACACACCUGUAUGGAGGGGAUACAAGAGGAGUUGAGCACAAGAGACGGUGUGAUGUCUGCCGCUCAGAGCAGAUGUAGAAAGUUGUUUGAACGUCUGCUGUCAGAUGUGGACGCUCAAUGUUGUGGUCAUUAUGGAACCGGCUCAUUGGCACGACGUCUGGGUGUCGGACUUCUCAAGCUCACAAGCGACCAACACACCAAACACAGCUACACUAACAGCAAGGUCCUGGUGGCGUCUCUGCAGAAACAAAUCCUGGAGUUCACACAGCGGCUGCAUUCAGCUGAAGUGGAGCGCAGGAACCUACGACUGCAACUCUCACGCACUAAACACAAAGACAAAACACACACUUUAUGUGUUCCUGUACAGCAGUUUGAGAGUGUGUGUAGUGAGCUCAGUAGUGCACUAGAAAGGGAAGAGUGUGCUCAGCGUCUGCUGCGAGAUCAAGCCACACACCUGCAGCGACUGGACAUCAGUAUGCAGCUGCACGCAAGAGAACAGCUGGAGAAGAACCAGACGCUAACACACGCUGUACAGAGUCUAUCAGACGCUAAACUGGAGCUGAAGAGGAAACAUCAGUCACUGACAUCAUUAGAGAAACACUUCAGCCAAUCACAGCAGGAGAAAAAAUUACUACAACAAACCAUCAAGAGCGCUGAGAACGCACUGCGUACAGCAGCAAAGAAUAGAGAGUCUCUGAUGAGCUACAUCAGAUCUGUGGAGGAUCAUUUGAAGGAGAUAAGAGAUGACAUCAUCGUGUCCUCAAAGGAUCAUAUUCCUCUACAUCGGCCUCUCCUCCUGCCAGAACACAGUAACAUUAUUAAAACCCCACAGACUGAAGCUCUUCAGAGUUUGGUCCGAAGUUUCCUGGAGCUCUUUCAGAUGAUGUACUCUAAGAUCUCCUCUUAUUAAUCUCACAUCACACAGCACACGGCUGCUUUAUGAGAAACCUGUGAUGAUGUCACUGUCACAUCUUUUGCUACUACUGUUACUGUAUCUGUGAGAUAUCUCACUGAUGAUUGGCUGUCGUUUAUCAGGGUGUGUCACCCUUCUUAACAUUAAAUGAGUGUUGAUUUGUAAAUGAAACAGGUCAUGUGAUGAUGUUGUUAUGAUUCAUUUCAGUAAGGUUUGAAUAAAUCUUCUGGAUGGAUGAAAUGUAUUGUUUGUGUGUUGUUGAUAACAUUUAUUUUCUCAUUCAUAUCAUCAGAAUUACAGGAAAAGUCAGUGUCUGUAUGCGAUGUAUAGUUUGUUAAAAAAAGCAGAACACUAAGGUUGAAUUUGAAGGUGAGUAAAAAUGAUCUCUCUGCUCUGUAUCAUAUGUCAUAUAAAUAAUUGUGUUUUAAUAAUCAUGUAUUUGAUGAUAGGAAUGUGCAGUAGUUGCUAUAUUAUCUGGGGUUUAGUGAAUCAAAGCUUUAAUGAGAAAUGCUGAAGCAUUGGUUUGUGUAAUGUGUGUUGUGUGUCUGAUGUUCAAUUCUACACAAACACACACACAGUUAAAUGUCUCUGUCACUGCUGAAGGAUUAUAUGAUGGGAUAUAGAGUUGAGGAUCUCUCUGUAUGUCUCUUAUAAACAGACUGUCAGCGUCUCUGCUUUCAUAUCUUUGCUCUGUCACGUUAAAUCAAAGACUUAAACGUUAAGAUUCAUUAGAGUAAAUGUCGUAUUAAACUCUCAGGCCACUUAUUAAUAAAGUGCGAUUCAUUCGCUUGAUGUAGCAUCACUUUAAUACUGAUGAUGUCAUCAGAAAACUUUAAUCCCUCCUAAAACAUGUUUUAUAGCAUUCAUUUAGGGUUUUUACUGUAUUUACCACAGUAAAUGUGUGUGUCAGCAUGUACAAGCCCUGAUCUCUAUGGGUCAGGCUCACAGAAAGGGCUUUAGUACCCGACUCAAGUGAAUAUUUGAGCGUCUUAAACUGAAAGCAGCUUUACAUAUAUCAGUGCUAGAGUUUUGUCUCCAUGUACACAUCAGUAAUGUUUUUAAAAUGAAUGAAAUGUCCUAAAAUAACUAAGACCUUGUCCUGGAUUAAUCUAAACUCUGUCCUGGAAACCAACCCUAAAUAUCAUCAGUUUCUGUCCUCUGAGGAAACAAAACUUUGUGUGCUUCAAAUAAUCACAUCAAGAUAAUCAAAGUCUUCCAGACUCUUCGCAAUAUUACAGUUUUAUUCUGUUGUUUUAUGAUUUGUUGGCGUUCUAGAUUGUUUAUGUUUUUGAUGAUAAAGGAGGUUGUGUAC